AUGCUUCAAGCUCGACUGCUCGGAGACAAACUCUACGUUGGAGUUCACACUGACGAAGAAAUUCUCCAUAAUAAGGGACCAGUGGUGAUGAAAUUGGAUGAGAGAGUCGCUGCCGUGACCGCUUGUAGGUGGGUAACCCAGGCCGUUCCUGGUGCUCCGUAUGUCACUUCACCAGAUGUCAUGGACCAAUACGGUUGUAAAUACGUUGUUCAUGGCGACGAUAUUACCUCUGAUGCUAAUGGUGAGGAUUGUUACAAGGUGGUGAAAGACUUGGGUCGUUUUGUGGUGGUUAAAAGAACACCUAAUAUUCUGACCACUGACCUCGUGGGCCGCAUGUUAUUGAUGAGCAAAAAUCACCACUUUAUACCAAUUGUAUCUGUCGAAAACCACCCGUUGUUCGAAGGAGAUAACUUGACAAAGUACUCACGCUAUGCCAGUGACGAGACUGGUAGGAAGCCUGGACCUGGUGUCUACUGUUACUUGACAGAUGGAACCGUACGUGAGCUUGUCAAGCCUUCGUCUGCCACUGAGAAAUCGUACAAAUCGGCGGUUUACAUCGAUGGGGGUUUUGAUCUCUUUCACUCGGGCCAUAUCACGGCUUUAAAGAUGGUUAAAGAGCAAGCAGAAAAGGAAAACGCUGCAGUAAUCGUUGGUAUUCACGACGACCGUGCCACUAAUGAGAUCAAGGGUCUCAAUUAUCCCAUCAUGAACCUCUAUGAACGUUCUCUUUGCGUGCUUCAGUGUCGUUACGUGGACGGCAUCAUCUUGGGAGCUCCUUACAGUCCCACGGAGCAGUUUUUGUCAAAGCUUCCAGCAAAGAUCAAUGCUGUUUACCAUGGUCCUACUCCCUUAGAAGAAGAUCCAUACUCAGAAAUUGAGCCCAGAGGUUUGCUUCGAACUAUUCCAAGCCACAAGUACGACCACAUGAACGCAGAAUACAUUGUCAACCGAGUCCUCAGUAACAAGAAAGCGUACGAAGACAGACAAAAGAAAAAGGGUUGGAAAGCCGAAAUCGAAGCUACAAUUCUCGCCAAGGAGUCUUAUGCCAAGUAA